AUGGUUGGUGCAGACGGUGCAACGGCCGGAUGGCUCUUAAAGCGCUCUGCUGCUUUUCGCGACCGCUGGCUUCGUCAUUGGUGUGUCUUCAAGUACAGCCAGGAGGAGGAUAUCUUGGUUCUGGAUUGCCACGCUGACGAGUCGUGUAGGAGGCGUCUGUACCACAUCUGCAUGGGCAAGGGCGCCCGUGUCCUUCGAAUACAGUCUGAGGAGAUCCCCGCUGCCUUUCUGAAGUUCAAGCAGCAGCGUCCACACAGCUUGAUCAUCGACGCGGGAGAUGGGCGCCUUUGCCCUUUCUUCAUCUUUGACGCCAUCGAUGCAAACAGCCAUCGCUUUUGGAAUACCAACGUCACCUCGCAGCUGCAGGCACUGGAUUUGAAGAGAAGGCGUCACCAGGAGGAGCAGCUGAUGAACGAUCGAACGAAGAUUAUAGAUUCCAUUUUUGCCUGUCUGGAUCAGCGAAAGGUUGGCACUGUUUGGUCGGAUGGCUUGCGGCGCUAUGCCGAGACGUCCGGCUUCUCGGGUUCUGAUGCGGAGUGGCAGCACGAGUUUCGAGAGCUCUGCGAAGAUCGGGGGUGGAAGGAGGAGAAAGAGAUCAAUGCUAGCCAAUUCGGCAAGUUCCUCAGCAGUGACACCAGCGUCUCGCUGAACGAGCUCUGCAAGAUCCUCGAAUGCGUCCAGGGAUUAUAUGACCCACCGGCAACGGACUCGUGGGUAAAGCAAAGUGUCGUCAGCCAGAACUUGCAGCUCAAGAGCAGGUCAGAUAUCAUCUCGGCGCUGUUCAAGUGCUUAAAGUCCAGAGAGACAGGUCGGAUCGGAUGCGAAGAGCUGCAGCGCUACGCUACCCUCUCGGGCUUCGAUGGCGAUGAUGAAGACUGGUCAGAAGAGUAUCACGAGCUUUGUGAAGAAAAGGGUUGGGACAAGGACGUCGGCUUGGCCCAUGAUGAUUUCAUUGCCUUGCUGGAAGACGACUCCAUGGGAUCAGACGACGAGCUGAAAGCCAUGCUGAUGGAGCUGCGGAUGCCGCGUAAGCGAGCAAGGACCUUUGAUCAGAUGUCCCAUUCGGCCAAGCAGAGUGCGGCCGGUCGCGUGCGAUCAGAGAUUUCCGACAUGACGCGAGAGGAGCUGGUGAAGGAAGCUUUCGCGUCUCUGGAUGUGCGGCGGAAUGCAGUGCUCGGCUCCCGAGAAUUCAGGCGCUAUGCGGAGAUGACAGGAUACGAUGGAGGAGAGGAAGCUUGGCCUGAGCUCUACAAGGAGCUCUGCGACGACUAUGGAUGGCAGCCCGGAGCAGGGGUUACAUUCGAGCAGUUCACAGUCUUCAUUGGCGACGAGUCGCACUCCUCAGACGAUGAGCUGCAGGAGCUGGUCCUCGAGCUCCGGCUGCAGCAGGAUGCCGCCCUCCGCCGAUUUCGCAGCGCAGUCUACCGGGUGCUCUGGUUGCUGCGCUACAACGGCAGCAAGCCUCCGAGUGGCCAGCUGACGCGACAGGACAUCGAGAGGAUGUCAAGAAAAGAGCUCAUGGAUGCUUUGUUCGAUGCACUGGAUCGGAAGAACACGCAGAAGCUCGACUCGAAGGCUAUGCGUCAAUUUGCACAUCUCACGGGCUUCUAUGGGGACGAUGCAGACUGGGAUAUGGAGUUCCGUGGCAUGUGCGAACAUUUUGACUGGAGCGCGUCGGAAGGAAUAAGCAGAUCCCAGUUCCGUCACUUCAUUGGAGACGAGGACAACACUAGCAGUCCGGAGCUGCGAGUCCUCAUUUUCAAUCUGCCACAGAAUCCCCGCAGCAGCCUGAUGUUCUCGCGAUACAAGGGCUUGGGCCGAGAAGAGCUUCUCGACGAGCUCUUCACAGCCCUUUCCGAGGGUCCAGAAAUUCCUUCUUCCAAGCUGCAGCGUGUGGCUGAACUGACCGAUUCCGGUCGUUUGAGCAGUAAGUCGCUUACGAAGUCACAGUUUCUGGAGAUUCUGGGGGACGACGCGCAAACCAGCACAGAAGAGCUCCGACGCGUGCUUUUGACUGUUCGAGGUGAUGUGCAGCUUUCUAGCAAGCCAUGGAGCCGUCGCAGCUUUGCGCAAGCAUGGCGGAGUUCGGACGUGGCCAACAUGGACAGACGGAGCAUGAUCUCGGCAAUCUUUACGGUCCUUGAUCAUGCGAAGAGCGGGACUUUGCAGUCGGACGCCAUCAAGGCAUAUGCAGAACAGACGGGGUUUGAAGGGACAGAUGCCGAGUGGGAGGAGCAGUUCGCCGCAAUAUGUCAUCACUUUGGAUGGACGCAAGGUGCAGGCAUUAGCCAGAGUCAGUUUAAUGAGCUCAUAGAGGACGACGAUGAAACGGAUGACGACGAGUUGCGUCAAGCGUUGCUAAACUUGCAAAUGCAAUCAAUGCGAAGUGGCCGCCCAUCUCUACUGAGGUCGUCGUGGCAGAGGAGGAGCUUACUGCACCUUCAGGGCCUGGAUGUGGCACAGACCCUGACCAGGCCUGAAUUGAUAUCAAAAAUAUUUUCCCUGCUUGACGCGGCGGGGCAGACGAAAUUGUUUUCUGCGCAAUUCAAGAAGUUUGCUGACUUGAGUGGCUUUGAGGGCAACGCAGCGGAGUGGUCGAGCCAGUUUGCCGCAAUGUGCGAGCACUUUGGAUGGAACGCAUCGGACGGAGUUUCCGAGACCCAGUUCAUGGAGUUUGUUGGGGACGAGGUCGAGAACAGCGAUGACGAGCUGCGCCGGGUGCUGGUAAGCCUGCAGGCACGUCACGGGCAGUCAAGUCGACACUCGGUAAUCAAAGCCUCUGGGAGCCGUCGAAGCUUGAUAUGGGCUGACGGGGGGAAGAUGGACAGGCCGAGCAUGAUUCAAGCAAUCUUCACGAUACUUGAUGCCAAGAAACACGGCACUUUACAGUCGGACGCUAUCAGAGCAUAUGCAGAGCAGACAGGGUUUGAAGGGACAGAUGCAGAUUGGGAGGAGCAGUUUGCUGCAAUCUGUCAACACUUCGGGUGGACAGAAGCUGACGGUAUCACAAGCAGCCAGUUCCGUGACUUCGUUCAGGAAGAUGAUGAAACCGACGAUGACGAGCUGCGGCAAGCCUUGCUAAACUUGCAGAUGCAAGCAAGGCCCGGUGGCCGUGCGUCCGUGGAGUCUGUGGUGCGAUCAUCGUGGCAGCGCAAGAGUAGUUUGGUGCAUGUUGCCAGCGGUUUGGAUGUGUCCAGCAUGGACAGACGGAGCAUGAUCUCGGCAAUCUUCGCGGUCCUUGAUCAUGCGAAGAGUGGGACUUUGCAGUCGGACGCCAUCAGGGCAUAUGCGGAACAGACGGGGUUUGAAGGGACAGAUGCCGAGUGGAAGGAGCAGUUCGCCGCAAUAUGUCAUCACUUUGGAUGGACGCAAGGUGCAGGCAUUAGCCAGAGUCAGUUUAAUGAGCUCAUAGAGGACGACGAUGAAACGGAUGACGACGAGUUGCGUCAAGCGUUGCUAAACUUGCGGAUGCAAGCAACGCCAAGUGGCCGCUCCUCGCUAGGAUCGUCGUGGCAGAGGAGGAGCUUACUGCACCUUCAGGGCCUGGAUGUGGCACAGACCCUGACCAGGCCUGAAUUGAUAUCAAAAAUAUUUUCCCUGCUUGACGCGGCGGGGCAGACGAAAUUGUUUUCUGCGCAAUUCAAGAAGUUUGCUGACUUGAGUGGCUUUGAGGGCAACGCAGCGGAGUGGUCGAGCCAGUUUGCCGCAAUGUGCGAGCACUUUGGAUGGAACGCAUCGGACGGAGUUUCCGAGACCCAGUUCAUGGAGUUUGUUGGGGACGAGGUCGAGAACAGUGAUGACGAGCUGCGCCGGGUGCUGGUCAGCCUGGAAUCCUAG